AUGGAGAUACAUUUCAUCCUGCUCUUCAGUCGACAAGGGAAGUUACGGCUGCAGAAGUGGUACACCACCCUCCAGGACAAGGAACGGAAGAAGAUCUCCCGGGAAAUCGUCCAGAUUAUUCUCUCUCGUAAUCAGAAGACGAGCAGCUUCAUUGACUGGAAGGACCUCAAACUUGUUUAUAAAAGGUACGCUAGUUUAUAUUUUUGCUGUGCAAUAGAAAAUCAGGACAAUGAGCUCUUGACACUAGAGAUUGUGCACCGUUACGUGGAGUUGCUGGACAACUACUUUGGAAAUGUCUGCGAGCUGGAUAUCAUCUUUAACUUUGAAAAGGCUUAUUUUAUCCUGGACGAGUUUAUAAUAGGCGGUGAAGUUCAAGAAACAUCGAAGAAAACGGCUGUGACAGCCACGCAGGAGUACGACAUGCUCCAGGAGACAAUGGAAGAAUACAUGAACAAGCCUACUUUUUAA